AUGGAGAAAGUCAGCAUCAACGAGGAAUACAAGGAAUGUGAUGGUCAACGAGAUGACUUUUCCCACUUUUUCCAAUCUGUGGACUUAUAUGAUGCUAACUCGGUUCAAAUACUUGAUGGAGAACUAGAAGGAGAUACUACACAACACCAUGAAGGAUCUCACAGAGGUAUUAUACAUUUAUCAGCAAUUCUCUGAUAUUAAUAUCUGUUAUGAUGUAUGGCAUAUAUUUGGGGAACAAAAUGGUGGAAGAACUGAUACAGAAGGCUUUCCUACAGAUGUAAAACAUACUUACUAUACAGGCUCUAGUAACAGAUCCAGUACAGGGCUGUUUAACAUUUCCUAAAGUAUUCUUAAUAAAGUGGUGGACUGUAAAUCGGAUAAAAACAUUUCUCUAUGUUUAUAAAAUUGUUUUUUAUUUUGUCUGUUUGCUUUUGAUAUUUAGAUUUCUAAACCAAAGUAAUGUUCAGUUUUAUUUUAUGCAAUCAUGCAGUUUAUGAAAAAGAUGUCCUUAAACGUGUGCACAAAAUUAAAGUUUAACUGCUUUGCUGCAAUUGUAUUUUAAAGUGUUACUUAGAAAUCUUACCUAGCUCAUUCUUGUUUGUUUAAGAUGGAUCCUUUUCAUCAAUGGAUGCACCACAAGAGUUGGGAGAUUGUGAAAAUUGCCUGGUUCAUCGUGAAUAUUUGCCAGACCCGCACUCUAGCUCUUCCACGGAUACCUGGGAGCUGGAUUACUGCUAUGCCUGGGAUCUUGGUGAAUAUUUUCUAGACGCUCACUCUAGCUCUUCCACUGAUACCAGGGAGCUAGAUUACUGCUAUGCCUGGGAUCUUGGUGAAUAUUUGACAGACACUCAUUCUAGCUCUUCCACUGAUACCUGGGAGCUAGAUUACUGUUAUGCCUGGGAUCAUUGUGAUCAGGACCUUGAAUCAGAUGAUAAGGACCUUUUAGAGAGUCCACCUACUUCACUCUCUGAGACAGAAUAUUUGGAUCUGUUCCGUUGUUGUGACUGGACAUGUGUUGAGCAGCACAUUGGAGAUGAACGCAUUGUCUUUUGA